ACUCCAGCUUUGUUCACUACACCCAUCUCUCUGGUAAAUCCUCUUCGUAAACGUAGCUUUUUUUUCGGAACCACUGCCAAGCUCAAGGAGAGCAUCCUCCUUAUCACCAUCAUCAUGAAGCACAGGACGGUGAUGAUGUACAUGGAGAUAGGCUGCUUUGUGUCGUGUCUGUCUGGCUGGAUUCUGGUGAGCUCCACCCUGGCUAUAGAGUACUGGACCUGGUCUGAAGUGGGCAGCGUGGUGCUCACCACUGGCAACUACUUCUCUAACCUCUGGAAGGACUGUGUCUCAGACUCCACUGGGGUGUCCGACUGCAAAGAGUACCCCUCCAUGCUGGGACUACCAGUGUUCCUUCACUCAGUAAGGGCUCUGUCCAUCUGUUCUGUCAUCCUUGGGUUCUUCGCUGGAGUCCUCACACUGAUAGGUAUGAAGUGCACCAAGAUUGGAGGGUCAGAGCUCGCCAACGCACGGGUCACCUUCGCCGGGGGAAUCACCUAUCUGGCGUCUGGAUUUGCUGGCCUGAUCGUGUACUCCUGGUGGGGUAACAAAGUAAGAUCUGAGUUUGUGGAUCCCAAUUUCAAGGCACAGAAAUUUGAAAUCGGAGCAGCGGUUUUUAUUGGCUGGGGAGGCUCGAUCUUGCUCAUCACCGGUGGUUUCGUACUCAGCUUCUUCUCUGGAAAGGAGGGCCUACGCUCAACAUCAAAGAAAAGGCCCCGCAGACCUAACUCCUAUGCCACAGCUCGGACCAGACGCACAUACAUGAUGCCAAACUCUUCCAGAGUGACUCCAAUGCCACAAUUGGUCCAAGGGAGCAGAGGUGGCAGAAAGAUCAGGACAACAAGAACCACUGGGACAUUUAGCAGGGACGAUUUUGUUUGAGCUGCAGUAGCUCCUGUACCGCAGGAAAUACACUGCUUCAUAUCAUUGGUCGUUAGUUACCAUGAAAACAUUGUGAGAACUGAAUCAAUUUGAUAACUGUCUCGCCACCUACACCUUGUAGAUAGAUAACUUAUGUAUGAAUGUUUUACUAACAUAUAACUGUGUUCCUUUUGUGAACUGAAUUGACAUCAAGGAAAGGGAUGAAUGUUUUCAUUUGAUUAAAAAAAAAAAAAGUUUAUUGCUAGCAUGUAUAAAUAUUUUAGAUAC